CCCAUUGGUCGGGAACUGUGGCCAAUGGGAGCUACGGGGGCGGUGCCUGCGGGCGGAAGCAGCAGCAGCGCGCAGAGCCACCUGGCCUUUCCUCCGCCUAGGACCCGGAGGGAGAUUUCUCCGCUUCGGGGGGAGCUGCCCGAGGAUCUCAGCCCCUCCCCCAGUCCGAGUGUCUCCCCCUGGCACAGGGGCAGCCGGCCCAGCAGCAGGUGCUGCUAACGCUGACUUGGCAGCGACGGAGCUGCUCUACCGACCCGGCUCCGUGAACGAAGAGAAAGAGGUGGAGGGACCAGGGCAUGAAGCCGCUGCUGAGGGGACUUGUGGCGCCCUCACUGUGCUUGGAGAGGAAGAGUCUCCCAGCCCGCUACCCGUGCCAGUCUCCAUCCAGGACAUUCUGCAGGAAGGGGGCGUGGCUGCUGCGAUUCCCACCUAAUUCUCAGGGCCGUGCCAGGUGCUGAGGGGCAGGAUCCGUUGUGGGGGCUGAGGUUUGCGCUGCCCUCGUCCUGCCCGCCCAGGAGGAGGGAGGUGUGAGGGUUGGGCCAGGCCUGGUGCUGACCUAAGAAGGGGCUGCCCAUAGUAUCCUUGGGCCUGGUUCUCGCCUCGGCCCCCGAGGAGGCGUCGGUGUCUCUCCCUGCCACAAUGAAGCUGCUGAGACUCCUGUGCCGCCACAAGACAGCGCUGGGCCUGGGUGGCCUGGCGCUCUUCGCUGUGGUCCUGCUCUACCUGGCCAAGUGCACCUCAGAGAGCCUCAGGCCCUUGCCAGGUCGGGGUCUGCCCCACAACCAGGCACCGCAGCCGCCCCGCGGUGGAGUGGGAGCCGGGCCGCCCCUACAGGCAGCCCCGCUACCCCCUGAGGAGACGGCUUUCCUGGCUGUCCUCAUCGCCAGCGGCCCCAAGUAUACGGAGCGCCGCAGUAUCAUCCGCAGCACCUGGCUCUCGAUGGCUGGCCGGCCCCCUCAGGACGACAUCUGGUGUCGUUUCGUGAUAGGCACAGGCAGCCUGGCUGGGGAGGAGCUUCACAGCUUAGAGUUGGAGCAGAGCCGUCACCGGGACCUGCUGUUGCUGCCUGAGCUUCGUGAUUCCUAUGAGAACCUGACUGCCAAGGUCCUGGCAAUGUAUGUCUGGCUUGAUCUGCACUUGGAUUUCCGCUUUGUCCUCAAGGCUGAUGAUGACACCUUUGUACGCCUGGACGUACUCGUGGAAGAGCUGAGGGCCAAGGAGCCACGUCGUCUCUACUGGGGUUUCUUUUCUGGCCGUGGUCGAGUGAAGUCGGGUGGCAAAUGGAAAGAGAGCACCUGGCUCCUAUGUGACUACUACCUGCCUUACGCCCUGGGUGGUGGCUAUGUGCUCUCUGCAGACCUGGUGCAUUACCUGCGACUCAGCCAAGACUAUUUCAACAUGUGGCAGAGUGAAGAUGUGUCUCUGGGUGCUUGGCUGGCUCCUGUUGAUGUGAAGAGGGUGCAUGACCCACGUUUUGACACUGAAUACAAGUCACGGGGCUGCAACAAUAAGUAUAUUGUCACUCACAAGCAGAGCAUUGAGGACAUGUUAGAGAAGCAUCAGACUUUGGCCAAAGAAGGGAAGCUCUGCAAGGAGGAGGUUAAGCUCAGGCUAUCCUACAUGUAUGACUGGGGAGUGCCUCCUUCACAGUGUUGCCAAAGGAAAGAUGGCAUCCCCUGAAAGUUUUGGAAAAAGGAAGGGCAAAGUAUCAAAGGGGAACUCUCUGGGCUGGGUCAGUGUCAUAUGGGGACACCCCCUGUAUGUAAGGCUUAAAAAUUAUUCUGAGAUUUUGCACGAUUCAUGUAUCAAGACUGUGUGCAGGACCAACAUAGCACCAUAAUUCAUAAAAGCUACUGAAGUGCUGUGAUUUGUCUACAGAUACACAAAACACAGGAAUAAAGGGGAAAAGUGUGGGAAAGGUUAUGUGAUGGAACUUAAUGCAAAGGGGGGAAAAAGCAAACUUUUUUUUUAAAUAACUUGGAUGCAUAGCAGGUUGGAAGAUGUGUCCCAGAUUCCAAAGUUUGUUUGUUAAGAACAUGUCAUGCCUUCACACCAUCCCCGAGAUUGUGAAAAUAAUGUCUGCUGUUUAAUUUUUGCAGGGAAAAAGUGUCAUUUUGGCCAACCAUAUUGGCAAGUUUUGAAGACUGUAAUAAAGAGAGAGCAAAUCAGUUGCUAGUGCCAGUGGAAGCAGAUGGCUGGUUAGAACCACUGGCCUGGCAUCUAAAUGAAGGGAAGCGUUUGUCAGAUAUUUGCACUGGUUACUUUAUACUCUCGCUGAGGGAGGGGAGGGUGUGUCCAGUCUUUAGAAAGUGUUCUGAUUUAAUUAUAAUAGGUCUUGGGUAAUAUCCCUGAAUUUAAAUCUUCAAUCAUUUUUUUUUUAAAUGGUUUAUGAUAUACUAUGUAAUCUGGAUUAUCUGGCAGCUACUAAAUGGGUCUGUAUUUGGAAAAGCGUAUGUUUUAUGCCAUACUGCAGUAUUAGGAUAGGUUCUCAACUAUCUUGAUUUGGAAGUAAACAUUUAUGCUACAAACCUAGCACUCAGUUAUUGGGAUUAGAAGCUGUGCUUGUAUUCUCCAAGUGCAUUGUGUACAAAGAAAUUUUAAUUUCCUAAUUUUUACAAAAAAGAUCACAUUGAGAAGUAUAUGAUCUAAUUAUGCAAACAAUAGGACUACUUACUCACAUAGGUAAUCCUUACUGAUGUAAGAGUUAGCAGGAUUGGACCUAUAACGUCUCAAAUUGGAAGUACAAAACUUUAUCAAGUUAUCUGGACUAGAUUUUUAAAGUAAUAAUUCUGUGUUCAAAAAAAAAAUCUGAAGAAUAGGUUACUUUAGUUGCUAAUAUGGUAUGUAAAUGACUGGGAUUUAUUUUUUCACUUCUCUAUAGUCCUGUCUACACUACAAAUGAAUCCAUUGCUGACAAGGGUUAUCAGGCAUGUUUGGUGUUUAACUGAGAGUAUAAAUGGGCCACUUUUAGCACAGUGACAGAAUGCAUUACACUCUCAAAUAAUUCUAGCACAUUUUCUGUGCAGACUUUUAGUUGUGUGACUCUGAAUAAUCCUGACAUCCCGUAACGGUGUUGAAAAUGGUUCCAUCUGUGCACACAAUUACACCUUUGUCUACACUGGUUCGGGGGACUCCCUUCUGAAAACCCUUGUCAGCAACAGAUCUCUUGUCUAGUAAAGACUCCGCUUUAAAAUUGAUGCCUAAAGGGCAUGUUCACAGUCUUCAGUCUUUCUUACGGUUUGUUGCACAGGGCACUUCAUACUAUUAUUAUUUCUUUCUCUCACUGGACGGUACACCUCUUUCUCUUACCUGUGGAGGGAGACUUCAACUUUAAAUAAUAAGAGUUGGUGCUGACAUCAUAACAUUUUUGCUUUUCAGACCCGAUUUAGUAAUUUAUUCCAAAGGAAUCAAGUGUAUUUAUUUUCUCUUCAUUAAAAUCCACUUCUUCUAUCUAGUUUUAAACAAUUGCUGGAGAGGAUUAAGUGGAAAAAAUCUCUUUUAGAAACAGGGCUUUGGAGCUCCGCUCCAGUUCCAGGCAAAAACCUGCAGCUCCACUGCUCCGGAGCUGCUCCGCGCACCAGCUCCACGCUCCGCUCCAAAGCCCUGUUGGAAAGGAAAAUAACUCCUUAUUUACAUUAAGUGUUUCAACAAUACAUUCUGUAACUUUCCUUAUAAAACAAAAUUAAUUAAUGAAGACAUCGAAAAAGUAACUUAUUUACUCUGAUGAAUCCAGUCUUUUGUACUUUGACAUAGUGACACUUACUGAAGAUGUGCCCUUCAGUUGAAUAUAUUCCCGCAGAACAAAAAGUUUAAGACUUCACCCGGUUGCAAGAAAUUAAAUUGGUUUCAGUAAUACUUUUAAAGUCUGUAUGUCUCUUUGGGCUAAAUUAGUAUUGUACACAUAUAAUUCAGUGUUUGUAAUUGUGAUAAUUUAUUUAUAAAUAUUAUAAAUGUACUAUGUAUUGUUAAAAGCUCAAGAUAGCUAAGUAUCAUCUUAUUUUAUAAUUAUUUAAGAAAGUGUGUUAAGUUUCACAAGUAUUAUUCGUGAAAUGCUUUAAUUUAUUGAUGUACAGUUCCUAAUUUAAAUAGUCAGGGUCUGAGUUGUAGAUCCAAAAAUCUGCUGCAUGACUCUCUUAACCUGGUAAGAUUGUACUGAUCACCCAUUUGUCUAAAUAUCAAUGUUUAUGUAAGUCAUGGGCAUUGUCGCUUCUUUGUUGUUGCUUUGUUUUGUUUUGCUUUUUGAAAAGUUCUCCUUUCAGAGCUUUCAUGUGAGGAUGAGAAUUUUGAGCUUCAGAAGAAUGGAAAAUUAAUUGUCAAAUCCCAUGUGACAGCUGGCCCAUAGAAAAUAUACAAAUGCGAACACACACACACACACACACUGGUUAACUUUUUUGUAGAAUACUGAGUUCUUGCUGUGCCUCUGAGUUCCAAGAAUAUGGAGCUUCCUCUUGCAAAGCGCUUACUUAAACAUAUGAGUAGUCCUCUUGAUUUCACUGGGACUAUUCACAUACUUAAAUUAAAAUCAAGACCAAAGUGCUCAGCACCUUGCAGAAUUAAGUCCAUAAAUUAUUGUGGUGAAUAUAGUUCUAUUUGAAAUCUUGUUCUAGUCUAACAACAAAUUUGAGUAACAAAGUCCUUCUGGUCUGGAAUUACCUAUGUUUUACCUCAGCUCAAAAAUUAAUUGUUUCGGAAGAUAUGACUUACCUAAGUUGAUCUUAUUUUUUUUUUUUUUUUAUGUUCUGGAAUAUAGAAAAAAACAUUUCCCCAUAUGUUCUGAUCAGAAUAUUUAUGCUUGGAAAAACUCUAAAGUGCCUCAAGAUAAAAAAAUUUCAAACCUGUCUAACUUGUAAAUCUGAUUGACACUUUAAAAAUUCCAAAGUUGAAUUUUUAAUGACUGCUAUUUUGCAUGUUGGAUGUUCAGUAGAACUGGCAAAGUUUUCAAGAUCUGCAAGCCAAAUAAAUUGCAGUUCAGUGAGUUUAAAAAGUGUUUUAAGGUUGGUUCUGUUAGUCACUGGGGCAGAGAGUCUGCUGAGUUAAUAAGCAAAGAGAAUUGGUGACCCAGAAGUCAUUAUUAUAAAUCCAGGAUCAUUAUCCGCUUCACAAGCCAAAUAACUCAAGAGCUGUAUUUCUUUAAUUAGGAAGUCACAGGUAAAAAACCUACUGCUAAUGCAAUGUUAAGGUUAAAUAUCAAGUAACUUGACCCAGGCAAUGUUUUAUAGGCACUAAAACAUUUUGUUUGCAUUUAAUUAUGAACGUAUAUUUUAAAAAUAGCAUUUAACAUCCCAGAUCCGGAACAGCACAUGCCUACACACACACACACUUAUAUAAAAUACAGGGUUAAAGGACAAAUAUAUUUUAAAACAAAAUAGCUGAAAAUUGUUUUUCUGACCUUAUGACUGAGUUCUGUAUUUCUUUUACAAGGGAUGGUGACAUCACAAAAAUUUAAUGCACUAUAAGGAUUUCAUGAUUUAGGUGAUUAGACGUCCUGUACUGCUGUUUGAAAAACAAAGUGAAAUCCUGGCCCCUUUGAAGCUAAUAGGAAAGUCCAUUAUCUUCAUUGGGGCCAGGAUUUCACCCACAUGCCUAACAUCUGAUCCUAACAAGUAAAAAAGUAUUUUGGCCUGUCCUUAAAGAUCCUUGUAUUGAAGUUAAUGGGAGUUUUGCCACUGAUUUUGAUAGAAGCAAGAUCAGGCCCAAAAUAUAUUCAUUUGUAAUUUUUUUAUGUCUGUGUUAAAUUAAUGAUAUGGAAUCAAACUUUUAUUAAAUAACAUUUCAGCUGA